AUGGAGCCAAUACUUUGCAAUCCAUAUUUUUGCCAACAAAAGGCUUCAAAACCGUCUACAGCGUGCUCGCAAGCCUAUCGCCCUUGUUGCCUUUGCACGAAUACCAUAUUCAAAAAUAUAGCUUCCUGCAAGUCUGCUAUGAAUGAAGUCUGCUCAAACUCCAUAUCUGAUAUAAAAGUGGACGCAUCUUUUCGAAAAAUUGCAAAAAACGCAAUUUGUUUUCAUAUUUGGAAAAUCGAAGAGGAUCGUUUGGAAGCUGAGCCUAAAACCCAAUAUGGCAAUUUCAUUGACGACUGUGCGUAUAUUAUCUACGCAGCUGGACCAAAGGGCACUUACGUCAAUCAGGAUACAAUUACACGUGAAACCAAGGCUGGCACGUAUCUAGAUCGUUUCAUACACUUCUGGCUGGGCGAGAAAGUAUCCGAACAGAAGCGUUCUAAUGUCGCGCAUAAAAUCCAAGAGCUGGACUCAUACUUUAACAAUGUAGCUACUGAAUAUCGCGAGGCGCAGGGUAACGAGAGUGCACGCUUUUUAUCCUAUUUCAAAAAGGGUUUCACUAUUCUUUCAAGCAAUUUGGUUGGUUCAAAACUUAUGAAUCGGCUCUAUCAACUUCAUGGUCGCAAAUGGCUGCGUUGCAUUGAAAUGGACAGUAUAUCGUGGGACUAUUUCGGCUCCGAUUAUAUCAUGCUGCUAAAAACAGAGUCAAAUGCUUUUGUUUGGAUUGGUCGCUCGAGCAGUUCAGCUGAACGACGCAGUGCUCUCGAUUGGGUAACAAAGUUGGGAGUAAAUGCCAACGAUGUAACAGUUGUAGACGAUGGGUAUGAGCAAUCAAUGCCGGAAAAGUUAAAGAAUCAAUGGAAUUCAUUUCUACCACUAAGUCAACGUGUAGUAAGUCAAAUAUCGGCAACACCCGACAAACACCACAACAACAAACUGAAGAUCUAUAAAUGUGGCUAUCGUGGUACCCGGCUGCAUUUGGAUCAGCUGGAUGUGGCUAUACCGACAAAAGAAGACCUAAGUGAUACGACUACAGCUUAUGUUUUGGACGAUUGCUUGGAAGGCGUUUGGCUAUGGGUGGGCAAUAUGGCGCCACACCAGGAUAAGAUUAGCGCUAUGGGUAAUGGACGGGCUUUUGUGAAAAAGAAAAAAUACCCCUACUCAACGACUGUUAUACGUGUGAUUCAAGGUCAUGAACCAGUAGAAUUCAUACGACUCUUUCCAAGUUGGCAGUCAGACGCUACAGAGUCUGCAACCCCAAUAAAACCAGUCUCGAAAAUAUUUAAACGUUUUGAUGCGCUCACACUCAGUCAACGUCCGAAAAUGGCCGCGGAUACGCAGCUUAUUGAUGACGGAACUGGCGAACGAAAGAUCUAUCAUGUAACCAAAGAUAGGGUGAUCGAAAAACCGCAAUCCAAGGCGGUUAUAUUUUUAACCAACCACUGUUAUGUGGUCGAAUACACAGUAAUGCUGCCAACUACAAGUCUUGCCGAUGCCCAAAAUGUGGGCGUCAGCACCAUCAUCUAUCAAUGGAGUGGGUCAGAAGCCAAUACGGAUGACAUAUCUCACUGUGAGCGUUUCGCUUUAAAUACCUUCGAGAAGCUCCAGCAAAAAGCUAUGUUUGUUCAGAUGACUGAAUAUGAUGAAACACCACAUUUUUUACAGAUCUUCGAUGGCAAGCUAAUUAUACUACAAAGUGAAAAGACCAUGUCGCAUCACAAUAACAACAUAAACUAUAUUAGCAGCGAGUUGGCACUAAUAAAUCGAGAUUACUUUGUUUUGCGUAUCUAUGGCGACACUAGCUACAAUUCCAAAGCUGUUGAAGUAUACCCUUUGACCUCGAUGAGCGCCAGAGAUUGCUAUGUAGUAAAAACGAGCCAUGUUUGGGUGUGGUGUGGCCAAAGCUCGACGGGUGAUGCACGUGAGAUUGCAAAAAAUGUUGGCAGUCUGCUUGGCGAAUGCUCGUUGGUGGUUGAGGGUAAGGAGCCUAAAGAAUUUUGGCGUUCGGUCACCUUAUACAUGUCGCAGCCUCUGAUCAAUGGUAGUAGUAUUAGUAACGGAUCACCGCAAAAUGGUUCUUAUGUAGGCAACAAUAACAAUAAUGCGACAAAGUCCCGUCUGCAGCCGCAGCUAUUUUUGACUUGGUUGCAGCGUGGCAAAUUCAAUGCCCAGGAAGUUAUUGGGUACGAGCAAAAAGAUCUCGCGCCGGAAUCUAUUUAUGUCCUAGACACUGGCUUACUUUCGUAUAUUUGGAUAGGCAAACAAGCCUCUACCUAUGAAAAGGAUAAAUAUAUGAAAAUGGUUCAACAAUAUCUGGAGUCCGUGCCUAUCGCUCGUCGACCCACCACCGCGGUAGCAGUAAUUCGACAGGACGAUGAGCCAAAUACAUUCAAAGGUUUAUUUGAGAACUGGGAUUAUAAUUUAUGGACUAAUUACGUAAGUUAUGAACUUAAGCGGCAGGCUUUUAUGAAACCAAUAAAUAUGUCAAACACAAAUGGCACAAUCACGAAUGGAAUUAACAGUAAUGGCAUAAUACCAUCAGUUAUGAAAAAUCACCAGAAAGACUUUGACCUCCAUCAUAAGUAUCCGAUUAUGAUAUUGCAGCAGGAACUCGAUUUAUUGCCACCAGAAGUCAACCCUUUGAAGCGAGAGGUGCACUUAACACAUGAUGACUUCGUCUCUCUCUUCAGUAUGUCUUUUUGGGAAUUUGAUGAGCUGCCUGUGUGGAAGAAACAAGAGUUGAAAAAGAAAUAUAAACUGUUUUAACUGUUUUUUUAUGAAAUUCUCUAUUUUAAUUGUAACUGCUUACAAACUGUAUUUUUGUAGUAUUGAACUAUUAUACUUAUAUAUACACAUAUGUACAACAGAAAUUGUACGUUUUAUGUGGCUUAAAAUAAAAAAUAAAA